CGAAAGGAACCGAGUGGAAAACACCUCCCGGUCGGAGGAGGAGGAGAGUCUGCUGCCGCUGGAUGAUCCAACAGAACCAACCGGAACCGAGCCGGUCUCAGAGCAAGCUGAGGGAUGCCGCUGGUGAAGAGGAUCAUCGAGCCCAGGUACCUGUGCCGCGGAGCUCUGCCUGAUGGGGUCGCCAGCGAACUGGAGUGCGUCACCAACAGCACACUGGCUGCUGUCAUCAAGCAGCUGGGAGGACUUAGUCGCCAUGCAGAGGAUAUCUUUGGUGAGCUCUUUAUGGAGGCCAAUAGCUUCUACCUGAGGAUGAACAGCCUCCAGGAGAGAGUGGACCAGCUGGCCAUGAAGGUGACUCAGCUGGACUCCACCGUGGAGGAAGUAUCCCUGCAGGACAUCAACAUGCGGAAAGCUUUCAGAAGCAGUACCAUCCAGGACCAGCAGGUGGUGUCCCGGAGCUCUAUCCUCAACCCGGUGUUGGAGAUGUACCACCGGUGUGAUAAACCACCCCCCCUCAACAUCCUCACACCUUACAGGGAUGAUAAAAAGGAUGCUCUGAAAUUCUACACCGACUCGUCUUACUUCUUCAGCCUGUGGAAGGAGAAGAUGCUGCAGGCAACAGAGAACAAACGCAAGGAGAAGAGAAGACACAAGCAUACAUUUUCUGGUGUCUUCUGGUCUGUAGGGAUCCAGUUGAGGAAGGUUCAGGAGCAGCGUGAGCAGGAAGAGGCCAAGAAAAGAGAACCUUCAGGAAACGAUGUGGCUACGAUAUUGUCACGCCGCAUCGCUGUGGAGUACAGCGAAUCAGAGGAGGAGUCUGAACCGGAGGACCAGGAGUGGUCCGACUAAGGUGGCGCUAACCCACCGAAUAAUCCUAGCACUAGACUACUACAGGAACUGAAACAGUUACCUCUACUGACAUAAACCACACCUGAAAUAGUUUCAUUCUUCUUUUAUUUCAUUAGUUGGUUAACCUUGUUGUUAAUUGAGCUGGUUAGUUGUUAUGCUCUACCCAAAGCAGGCCCAAUGCAGUUCAACAACCUCUAAACUGAAUUGCUGCCCUCAUGUCAGAGGUGUAAUAAACAUAACUGCCUGCAGAGGCCUCACACCUGUUCAGGUAUUUCGUGUUUGGGGGUCAUUAAGUGGGGACUUGAUUUUAUUUGUGGCCCAGGAGGUGCUGUUCCUUUCAGACUGGAAUAAAAUAGUUAAAGUGUAACUCACCAUGAUUUAUAUGCAUAACCCCGCCCCCAGACAAAUAAAAAAAAAAAAAAAAGCCACACAAGUGGUAAGUGCCAAAACCCGCUGGGGGGCAGGGCUUA